AUGGCCGAGGAUAUGCAGCAGGAUGCCAUCGAUUGCGCCACGCAAGCCUUGGAGAAGUACAACAUUGAGAAGGACAUUGCGGCCUUCAUCAAGAAGGAGUUUGACAAGAAGUACAACCCCACUUGGCACGUGGUGGUGGGCCGUAACUUCGGAUCUUACGUGACGCAUGAGACGAAGCACUUCAUCUACUUCUACCUUGGGCAAGUGGCUAUCCUGUGCUUCAAGUCAGAUGCCGACUCCCAGCGCAACGUUUCAAGCCAUGCUGGACUGCAGAGCGCGUUUUUCGCAAAGGAGUCUGCGGCCUGGGAAGCCGAGACUGUACCGUCACGCCGUCUCAGAGCACUCCGCGUUGCACCCAUGGCAGAUCGCAAGGCCGUGAUCAAGAACGCCGACAUGGCCGAGGAUAUGCAGCAGGAUGCCAUCGAUUGCGCCACGCAAGCCUUGGAGAAGUACAACAUUGAGAAAGACAUUGCGGCCUUCAUUAAAAAGGACAAAAGCGCUGAGAAUGGAAUCCUGGUUCCUGGCAUCACAGAGCCAUGGGAUGGGGUCUACAAUGGUGUCACCAAGGAGUUCGACAAGAAGUACAACCCCACUUGGCACGCGGUGGUGGGGCGUAACUUCGGAUCUUACGUGACGCAUGAGACGAAGCACUUCAUCUACUUCUACCUGGGACAAGAUGAAACAAUCCAGCAGGGCGCGGCAGUGUCACGGGUGAUCCGGAGUUUCAAUGAUUGUCCAUGUUUGGCAUUUGAAGCGCUGCAUCAUGGCGUCAUGGGACUAUUGGGUUUGGCGGACCCGGCGCUGCAGUAUGCGGUGGAGGAGGUCCUGGGCUUCGACCCGCUGCACCUGGGCCACGCCAAUUCGGCCAUCGCGCGUCUGUCGAAGUCCAAGCGCUGGCGCCAGGGCGAGGCGCUGCUGGCUGCGCUGCGGCCGGCAGCGCUGCAGAUCAGCGACGUGUCCCUCAACGCCGCCAUUGGCCGCGGCGUCUUUUGGACCCGUGCUCUGGGGCUGCUGCAGCGGCUGCGAGCCUUGCGGCCGAGGGAUGCCAUUGGUUCCAACGCAGCCUCCAGUGUCUGCGGUGCCGCGCCGGAAGGUGCACAAGGCUGGCGCUCGGCGCGGAGGCUGUUGGCGCAACUUGCGGAAGACGGGCUGCGAGCCACGGCGGUGAGUUUCAAUGCCGCCAUUUCUGCUUGCAGUGACAUAUCCUGGCGUGGCGCGAUUUCGUUGUGGCGCGCUUUGGGCGCGUUGGAGGAGACCAUCUCGCGCAACGCGGUGCUGACUUCGCUGGGCUCGGCGCUCGGGUCUGUCGAAUGGGCCAAGGCGCUGCAGCUGCUGCAGUGCACGGGGGCAGCAAGGCUGCAGAGGAGUCUGAUCAGCUACAACUCCACAGUGAACUGCUGCGAAAAGGCGCAAUGUUGGGCUGCUUCAAUGGGCCUGCUGGAAGCCAUUCAAAGCCAAGAAUUGCUGCCAGAUCUCUUCAGCUGCAAUGGGAUCCUCAAGGCCUGCCACUGGAGGGGCAGCUUGCGGUGGCUCUCCUGGAUGGGACAGCACAAGAUUCAGCCCGAUCAGGUGAGUUUGUCCUCCUCCUUGACCACUUGGCAUGGCACCUGGCCCCAUGCCACGGCUUUGCUGUCAGUGCUGGUGCCCAAUCAGGUUUGCAUCAGCGCUGCCAUCACCGCGUGUGAGAAAUCCGCGCAGUGGACAUCAGCCGCUGAGCUGCUGGCAGCGUUGCGCAUGUUGCGCAGCGCGGCUCCCAACAGCACCAGCUGCAAUGCUGUGCUCAGUGCCUGCGAGAAGGGGUUCCAGUGGCUUCAGGCAGUAAACAUCUUCCGCCAGAUUCACAGCAGCCUGCGUUGCAGCGAGACCACACUGAAUGCAAUGGCCAGUGCCUGCGAGAAGUGUUCCCAGUGGCAGAUGGCACUUCGCAACCUCCCGAUGGAUGGCAGUGGGCAAGAGAAGCACUUGAUGGGCUUCAAUGCGGCCAUGUGCGCUUGCCAUAAAGGUGACUUGGCUAGCUGGGAAAAAUGGAAAGAAUUCGGACAUCGUGUGGAAAGAUUGGAUGAACAGAACAUAACAGAACUCAUUUCUACAUCAACAGCGGGAAAUGAUACACAAUAA